UAGCGCAGUACGUGUUAAAGUGUUGCGCUCAAAUAAAUAGAUCGUCAACCUUUUUUCGUUUCCGUAACUUAACUAAGCUAACAAAGAUGAAAACUUGUGCGGUGUGCAAUGACCAGUUUAACGAUGGGGUUCAGUGUGCGAGUUGCAGGAAACAUCUGGAUUUCUCUUGUGCUAACGUUUCCGAAGUUGGAUGGAGGAGAUUGGGUGUGGAUCGCAGAGCUCAAUGGAAAUGUCCUGGCUGCAGAGCACCGUCCCCGGUGUUACUUUCGCCACAACCGCCUGCUUCACUGGACACAAUUCUUAGUGAAGUACGGGAUAUGAAGCGGCAGUUACUGGAUCUGCCGUCAUUAAUCCAUGACCUUAGGUCUAUCAAGGAAGAAUUGUCUGAGCUUAAGAAAAGCUAUGACUUCUCUAGUAGCCGGCUGGAUGACUUCGACAGUCGGAUUGGUGCUCUCGAGGCAAAAGCCUCUCAGCUGGGGAAGCUUCAGGAUACUGUGUCUUCGCUGCAAGCUGAAGUUGCCUCAACUAAGCUGGAACUUUCAUCGCACGACCAACGAUCCCGGCUUAACAACGUGGAGAUUAAGGGGAUUCCUCUUAAGAAGGACGAGAAUUUAUUCUUGGUGGUGGACUCUAUCUGUCGCAAAAUUAAGUACAGUUGUGACAAAACCCUGAUCAACUAUAUCUCUAGAGUGCCUAUUCGGAAAUCUAAGGACAAAUUGCUGGUAGUGAGUUUCCUGAACCGGUAUGUAAAAGAGGACUUUGUUGCAGCAGCGCGUGCCGUUAAGGAUUUGUCCACUGCGGAUCUGGGUUUCCAGGGAGCACCUCAACGAAUUUAUGUAAAUGACCAUUUAAGUGUCGAGUCAAAAAUGCUUUUGAAUAAAACUAAAUCUACUGCUAAGGACAAAUGUUACGAAUUCGUAUGGGUCAAACAUGGUAAAAUACAUGUGCGCAAGGAUGUCAAUUGUAAACCCUUUAUUGUUCGCAGAGAAACGGAUUUAAACAAAAUUAUUUAGUCCGCUGUAAUAAACUAAUAUUUAAAACUUAUUGUAUGCAUGUUAGAUUAAUUAGCCUUAAUAGUUAUCUUAAAUUCAUUUAUUUUAGUUUUAUAAUAUGUUUAAGUUCGUGCACUAAAGUUCUCUUUGUUAAUGUUAAAAGGUUGAACGCCUCUGUGUCGCUAAUGAGCUUACAUUGUUUUCUCUACUGGCCUGUUUGUCUUCGGGGUCCAACGCAUGCUAAUGCAUUCAUCUCUCUUGCGCUUGCGCGUGUUACCUAUUGGUGCUUGCUCGCUCACUCAGUUG